UGCAGAGCCUCCCGGGGUCCUGCCGGCCUGAGGGGGUGUGCGUCGUUAUCUCCCCAGGUCCGGGGCUUAUGCAAGGAGACCAUGACCACUGAUGAGGCCACCAAGAGCGAAGGGGAGGUGCAGGCAGCAGCUCUGGCCGAGCGCGGGGAGGACAUCACGCCGGCUCGAGACCGGGGGGUCCUGAAGAUCAUUAAGCGACCUGGGAGCGAAGAUGAAUCCCCCAUGAUCGGGGACAAGGUUUACGUCCACUACAAGGGCAAACUGGCCAACGGCAAAAAAUUUGACUCCAGCCGCGAUCGGAACGAGCCCUUCGUCUUCAGCUUGGGCAAGGGUCAGGUAAUCAAGGCAUGGGACAUCGGGGUGGCUACCAUGAAGAAGGGAGAGAUCUGCUACUUGCUCUGCAAACCCGAGUACGCCUACGGCUCUGCUGGCAGUGCCCCCAAAAUCCCCUCCAACGCCACCCUUUUUUUCGAGGUCGAGCUGCUUGACUUCAAAGGUGAGGACUUGUUUGAGGAUGGAGGGAUAAUCCGGAGGAUCAAGAGGAAGGGAGAAGGUUACUCCAACCCUAAUGAAGGCGCUACGGUGGAAAUUCACCUGGAAGGAUUCUGCGGCGGCACCAGGUUCGACUGCAAAGACGUGAAAUUCGUCGUGGGCGAAGGGGAGGACCACGACAUCCCCAUCGGCAUCGACAAAGCCCUGGAAAAGAUGCAGAGGGGCGAGCACUGCGUCCUCUACCUCGGGCCACGGUACGGCUUUGGCGAGGCGGGAAAGCCGAAAUACGGCAUCCAGGCGAACGCGGAGCUGGUGUACGAGGUUACGCUGAAAAGCUUUGAAAAGGCCAAGGAGUCAUGGGAGAUGGACACCAAAGAGAAGCUGGAGCAGGCUGCCAUCGUCAAGGAGAAAGGCACGAUGUACUUCAAGGAAGGCAAAUACCUGCAGGCAGUGAUUCAGUACAGGAAGAUCGUGUCCUGGCUGGAAAUGGAAUACGGCUUGUCUGAGAAAGAGUCGAAAGCCUCUGACUCCUUCCUCCUGGCCGCCUUCCUCAACCUGGCCAUGUGCUACCUGAAGCUGCGAGAAUACGCCAAAGCCGUCGAAUGCUGCGAUAAGGCGCUAGGACUGGACCAGGACAACGAGAAGGGCUUGUACCGAAGGGGCGAAGCCAGGUUAUUGAUGAACGAGUUUGAGCUGGCAAAAUGUGACUUUCAAAAAGUGCUGGAAGUGAAUCCACAGAACAAAGCAGCGAAAUCGCAGAUCUCCGUCUGCCAGAAGAAAACGAAGGAGCACAACGAGCGGGAUCGGAGGAUCUACGCCAACAUGUUCACAAAAUUUGCGGAGAGGGAUGCAAAGGAAGCAGCUAGCAAAACCGGAGUCGAAAAAGCAGUGGAGAAAGCAGCUUGUGAAAAGGGACCGAAAACUCCCGGUGCUGAAGAAGAAGAGGCUGAAGGAGAUGUAUGAUGGAGGAGGAGGGGAAGGGAGAGCCUCCUGCCCUUGGCCCACACAGGAAAAGGUUGCUGCCAGACCUCAGGACUCGCCAGUGUUUUCUUGUAAAGCUUGUUACAGUUUGUGUGAUCGUGGAAGCAAAAAGCACCUCGCAAAGAAAAACGAACCCCGUCCCACCACCCUGGGUGUGCUCGGGGGCAGAGCGGGAGCGGCGGGACGCCGUGGGACCACCGCACGUGGAACAAAUAGCUUUUAAACAGAGAGAAAGAGAAAAAAAAAUAAAUAAAAAUUGAAACUCUUGGCUCUUGGGAGGUUUCCGUAGACAGCUCGUCCCGGCUCCCUUGGCUUCGUGUCGGCUGUCGGCGCAGCAUCCCGGGUCCUCCCGUGAUGAGUUGGGAUGCGGGAGAUGCUCCUUGUACUCUGUAGCGCUGCCUCCGGUUGUAUCCGGCACGCGACCGCGCUGCACCGCGCCGGCGUGCCUCUGCCAGCCCCGAGUCCAGCACCGCCAGCACGGGCACGGCACUGGAGCCUGGGGACCCAGCACCCCGGAGCACCCAGUGUCUCACUCACCCAUGGAUGCUCUCUGGGUUGGAGGGGGGAAACUGGUUUUCUCUCCUGGUGGCUUCUUGCCUGUGGCCGAAGGGGUUUGCGAUGCGGAGCAGGGUGCGAGGGUGAGGACCCGCAUCGCCUCCGCUGCAGCCCCGCGGUGCAGGGACGCCGUUCGCCUCUAAAGCACUGUUUCGGGGGGCGGAUUUUAUCUUUGGAAGAAGCUGGUUUCUGUUUCCUUGGAGAGCAGAAGCCUCCUGUCCAGCUCCGCUGCUCGCAGGCGCUCAGUCUGCAUCCUGCACCCCGUAUUUAAACGGGGGGUUUAUUGCUUAUUUGGGGUCUAUAUGAGGGGGAAAAAAACAGAGCAGGUUGAUGGACUGUGGUUUGGAAAGCGAGUGACUGGGUUGGAGCUGGUACCGCGGGGUUUACAGCUCCUCAGCG